ACGUAUACAAAAAUUCAAAACAUGAAAAUUUUAUGAUAAAGUUGUUCCUGACUGUUCGGUUCUUUAUAUCUUUCUUAAUCAUAUUUAUAUUUUUGACAGACAAUGUGCAGCAGUAUGUUUGUCUAUCUGUUGCUUCAAAAUAAUCAGUAACUGCUGUUUAUUGUAGCUACAAUUAUUAUCGUAUAGGUUAAACUUAAAAUUAUUUUGUGUUUUGUAUACAAACUUAUAUGAUGUGGCCUCAAGAAUAUAUAGGAUUAAAGCAUAUAGAAAAUUUACUGGUUUGUGGAAUAUGCUAUGAAUUCAUGGAUACAUCUGUUAUGACAUCAUGCUCUCAUAACUAUUGCUCUUUAUGUAUCAGAAAGUAUUUACAUUACAAAACGCAAUGUCCUGCGUGCUUUGCAGAAACUUUUGAAAAGGAUUUAAGGAAAAAUAAAGUUCUAGAUGAGAUUAUAGCACACUUUUUACAAAUUAAAGAUAAAUUAAAAAGAUCUUUACAAAUUCAGAUUCAAUUCACAAAAUUUAAUGAAGCUGACGAUGUUUCUAAUUCACCAAAAUCAUUGCUUCAAAAUAAGAGUGCAUAUAUAAAUGGACAAGAAAAUAAAGUUGUAUAUAGUAAAAUUAUUAAUAAUAUUCCUACUUCUCAAAGUAGUACUUCACCAUCUAUACAUAUACAAAAAGAUUUAUCUAGUCCUAGUACAAGUGGAAUACCUAGAAUACCUUUAAUGUUUACACCUAAAAGUAAUAAACGUCCAAUUAUAACAAAUACAGAAGAAACUAAGGUUGUUAUAUGUCCAGUAUGUAAGGUUACCAUUUCAGAAUUAAAAAUAAACAGACAUCUUGAUGAUUGUUUAAAAAGGGAAUCUGUGAAAGAGAAACCUCAAAUAAUAGAAUCGAAACGUAAACCACUGCCAAAGUUAGUAUUUAGUUUAAUGAAAGAUGCUGUAUUAAAAAAGAAAGCAAAGGAAUUUGGUUUGUCUUCACAAGGAGAUCGGAAAGCUUUGGAAACGCGACUACAAAGAUAUAUUGUUCUUUAUAAUGCAGAAUGUGAUAAACUAAAUCCACGAUCAGUCACAGAAUUAGUAAAACAAUGUGAAGAUGAAGAGAACCUAGAAAAAAAAGUUAACAAAACAUUUUUUUUAAAUAAAUUACAAGUUACUAAAAACACAGAAGAGAAUGCUAUAGAAGAUGAACGAAGAAAAUAUUUGGAAACGCACAAAAAUAGCUUUGACAGUCUAAUUAAUAAGAUCAAAAGUAUACAAUCUUCACAAAAGCCAUCAGCACGGCGUAGUCUGUUAAUGACAAGUACAGAGGAUGUUUCACCUAAACGUCAAAUGAUGAGUGAAAAUUUGGAUGAUUCAAUGAUUCAUACAGAACAAAUUGAUCUUAAGCUGUCAAAUUCUGCUGUAUAUAUUCCGGAUUCUGAUUCAGAUACUUCUUGUCCAUUACAAAUGUAUUCGAGUAUUGAUCCAAACAAAUUUCUUAAUAUAGAAUUAUCUUCUAAUAAUAAUGUUUCGAGUAAUAAAUCUGAGAAUGAUCAAACAAAUGAUGAUCAAGAAGCAUCUAUAUUUAAUUAUUCAUCUAUGAAAAUAAAUGAGGCAGAGAAAAGUUACAGUUCAGAUGCAUUUAGUGAUACAUCCAUUCAUGAUAAAGCAAUACAAUCAGAAAUGAAAAAUUCAUCUUAUAAGAAUACAUUAGAAAGUAAUUUGAAAAAUUCACCUAAUACUUCCAAAUAUAAGAAAUUGCCACAAAGAAGAAAGACAUCAUUUUUAAAAAAUGAAGUGGAACAGACAGAGUCUGUUACUACAAGUAUGAAACGUCUUGAUUCUGAUAGCAUUUCAGAUCAAAAGGAAGAAGGAGAUGAGAGAUCAAAAUCUAUCUUGCAAGAUAUUGCAUGUGAUUUAUCAAGUAAUGAUAGUAUUGACAGUAAAUUUAAUCAUGGAAAAUUACGUUCUACUAGCCUUGGAUUUAUAGAUAGUAAAGUAACGAGUCCCUCAAAUUUGGAGAAAGAAAAUAUAAGUUCUCCUCCUGAAUGCAGUAAAAAUUGUUCUAAUCGAAAAAGAACUCGCGAUUUGAUACAAACUGAUAAUAAUCUCAUGUCAAAUAACACGAAAAAAGUUAAAAAAUCGUCUCUGCGCUCCACGAUUGAGGCCAAAGAAUUAAAUAAUGAAGAGUCUUCAUGUGCUUUAAAUGAUGAAAAAAUGGAAUAUGCACUGAAUAAAUCACGAUUGAGAAAACGAUCGUUAAACGUUACGGAAAAUACCAACGUCGUAAGAAAAUCUGCUAGAGCAAAGCUUAAAAAAAAUAAAUCAUAAAAAUAAAAU